AUGGAGUUCGGCUCCUUGGUUUACGAUCGGUCCCAGUUAGAGCUCAACUGGUGGACGAAACGGCUUGCUGAUCCCAAACAGUUGAGGCAGACGGAAGACACUGGCGACUCUGAGAAAUACGCAGUUCCUUACGUCGACUUCACUCACUAUGUUAAGUCGAAUGAGUGGGAGCUCGAUGGUGAAAUCGAGGCGCACACGAAGCUGCCCUAUAGAAGGUGA